UCGGGUUAUUUAAAGACAGGAGAUCUGCAUUUAAACAACGAAUUUGCGCCAAAGUUAAGAAAAAAGGUUCCAAAAAACCAGAAUUUAUUGAGCUGAAGGCGUUCUUUUAAUUUAAAAGAAUCAGCUGAAAAACCAGUUGAUCUCUGUAUGCUGUUGUUGGUGAAGGUGAAUGAGUUCAUGUUCUUUUUACGCAUCAUUAGAGAGUUAAAUCUGAAAUCCGGAUUAAGUUUGGGUCAGUGGAAGGUGGCGUGGUUCCGCAGCUGUUUCAGCCCCAGGAAGUCUUUCAAACAGUCGGAAAAGCGGCAUUUAAAGACCCGCAAACAGCCGCCAUCAUAUUAAACGCAGGCAUGUAAACAUGAAACCUGUUUGAGCGCAAACAUGGAAGAAAGACGCAAAUGUGGUGGAAGAGCGCAGACAUAGCGGAGGCCUGGCCGCAGCGGAUGGAGGUGUGUGCAAACUGCGCAGCUUUGUUUCAGGCUCACUGAGAAGUUCGGGGUACUUUUGGACCGAUGAGGCUGAAACGGAGCUGCCUGAGGAGGAAAACCGCAGCAUUUGGUGUGAAAUGAAGCUGGAUGGAGAAGUCCCUGUUGUGCUGAAGAACCCUGCGGAGAAACGAGUCUGGUGCUCUGUGCAUGUUUCCUCCCGAGCCCGACAUGCCGAUGGACGUGACCAUACCCCUCUACCUGUCCAAGGAGGAGUUUGUCUUCACCACCACCUCCACAGUACAGAAGUCGGUGCGGAGCUCCUGCCUGAGGUUCCAGCCCCUAAACUGUGUCAACAAAACUGAGCCUGAAGAUGGCGCUGUCACCAAUAAAAACACGAAGAAAAAGAAACGUGUUACUUUUGCCGACCACAAAGGUCUGUCCUUGACCAGGGUGAAGAUCUUCUCCAAGUUCACGGACCCAAUUGAAAUCCCUGUGAACAUCCAGGAGAUGUUGAGCUCCAAGCUUACUCUAUCAUCCAGUGAGGAGGGCAAACUGGUGCUGGACUUCACUCAGCCCUCAUCAGACUACCUUCUGUUUCGCCAGAACCUAGAGAAGAACCUUGUGAGCCUGGAGCAAUGUGUGCUGAAGGAGAAGGCCUUCGCAGGAACCAUCAAAGUAAAAAAUGUGUCAUUUGAGAAGUCCGUGAUGCUUCGGGUGACCUUUGACUUGUGGAAAAGCCACACUGAUGUCAGCUGUGAUUACAUGAAGGACACGUAUCCCGCGUCAUACAGCGACACCUUCUCCUUCGAGGUGUCUCUGCCUGCUGAGAUGCGGCCAAAUGAGCAUGUCGAGUUUGCCGUGUGUUACAAGGUGAGCGGGAACGAGUACUGGGACAGCAACCAGGGUAACAACUACCGCAUCGUCUGGUCCUACAUGAGGAAAAAUGGCCACUCGGACUCGUCGCACUUUGGGAUCCACCUCGACCGGUACGGCAGCCCCACCUGUUCACAUGGGCUCUUCCCUGAUUGGUCGAGCUACGCCGGCUACGAGAACAUAGGCCCAUACUACUGAUCAUCUGAUGUCACCGUUUUUAAAUUGCACGUUGUCAGUGAUGACCUGCUUGUUUUAAAAUAGUUUCUGUAAUGUUGAGUUGCACGUGAAGUCCAGUUCGUUGUCGAAGCUGGAUCAAACUACAGAACCAAGCCGGACCUUCUUUACCUCCUCGUCAUUCCAGACCAGAUUUUAAACCUCGUCUUCAGGGACUGUAACUAACCGACCAAACCUCCACUUGUAGGAUUUGAAGUUCUCAGGUUUUAACUUUCAGUGUGAUGAUCCGAACAAACCGGAGCUGCUAACAGGAAGUCCAGUUGUUUUUAAUCACACCAGUUAGAACGAAUGAUAACCAAGACACUGAGCACCUAUGGUGUCCUGCUGCCAGUUAACCAAUAAGGGACAUUUUUAAGCUCGUUUAUUUUCUGAAAGGUUAGAGUUCAGGAGCUUUGUUGUUGGGCGGCAGACUGGGAGCAGUGGGAGCUAAACAACAUUCCUCAUUAGUCAUUUCACAGCAGGAAGUCACUAAAAGGAUCAAAACAUCCAGGUUACCACUUCCUGGUCUCACAACCCUGGAUCAGAGUGAAUUUACCUCUUCAGCUCAUUGGUUGUGAACUUGUCUUUGUUUUCUAGCUGGGUUCGUUAACGAGCACCGUGUUAGCCAAUCACAGGACAUGACCAGACGUCCUAAAGCAUUCAGUGGUUUUUGUUGCUGAACAGAUGAUCUCCGCUUGUUCCUGUGGUCGCUUUUCUUCUCCACUGUUGAAAGAUGGCUGCUGGGAGACGGCCUGUAAACGUCAGAGAUGUGAAGUUUAAAUGUUCUGCUGUUUGGGUCAGCCGGUUCCCCCACCAGCCGACCCUGUUAGCAGCCGGAGCAGAUGGAAAGUUUGAGUUGGUUCCAACAGUCUUGUUUUGUUGGCGACCUUGAAAAGACCAAAAGUUUCUUUAGUUCACCUUAAUCUGUGCAGUUAUUGUGAGAGAAAUCAGAAAAAAUAAGAACUUGAGCGCUGAUGAAGUUGGCUGCGAGGACUUUAAAGUCAGACUGUCAGCUUCUCGUCUGCUGCGCCAGUUUAAAGUUUCAUAGUUCUCUGAACAACAGAGACAUGGUUGCUCUUUGUUUCACAGCUAUGCAGAAAUUUGCACAUCAGUAAAUGCAGCGAGGAACAGGUGACGAUUGUGUUGAUCGAUGGUUUUAAAAGGAGAACGAGGAAGGUUGAAGCAGCCGAGUGACUGCACAAGUUUGACACUAACCAAUCUUCCUCAACUUUCAGUGAAUUUGUCUGCACACAAAACCAUGAAAUUAAAUAAGCUAUAUUUUAUUUAGUUGUUUGAUGAGCCAGUGUGUGAUUUUUGCUGUUGGCUCUGAGUUUCAGUUUUUAAAAUGUCUGUGUGUGUUCUCGUCCUCAAGGCCUUCAGGGACUGAAUGAUCCUGAACUGAACUGUUAUUUUUUUUUAAAAACAAUAAAGUUCUGCCAUAUUUUACUCAUAAAGAUGAAAUUGUCUGUGACAACAAGCUGCUGUCCUCAAAGUGAUCAGAAGAACAAUAAAAAGUAUAUUUUUAUCUUGA